AAAAAAAUAACGUUGUACCCCUCUUCCGGUUCCAUUGGGGAAAACGAUGUCGGUCAUACUUGAAACGUCAGUCGGCGAUAUAACUAUCGACUUGUACACCGAUGAACGACCGAGAUGUUGUCUCAAUUUCCUGAAGCUAUGCAAAGUGAAGUAUUACAACUUCUCACUGUUUCACUCCGUUCAGAAGAAACUAGUUGCCCAGACUGGAGAUCCAUCGGGGACAGGGAAGGGCGGAGAAUCCAUCUUCACUCAGCUCUAUGGUGAGCAGGCCCGCUUCUUUGACAUGGAGACGAAUCCCAGGAUGAAACAUCGGACCAAGGGGACAGUUUCUAUGGUCAACAAUGGCAGCGGCAUGCACGGUUCACAGUUCUUCAUCACCCUUGAGGACGAGCUGGAUUACCUGGAUGGUCAGCACACUGUGUUUGGCCAGGUGGCGGAGGGCUUCGAGGUGCUGGACAAGCUGAACGAGGCCUACUGUGAUGAGGAACACAGGCCGUACAUAGACAUCAGAAUCUACCACACUGUGAUCCUGGACGACCCCUACGAUGACCCUGCUGACCUCAACAUCCCGGACAGGUCCCCGGAACCCACCAAGGAGAUGCUGGAUAGUGGGCGGAUCGGUGCUGAUGAGGCCAUCGAUGACGCAAAGGGGUUGACGAUGCAGGAGGUGAAGGAGAAGAUCGAGGAGAAAGAGGCCAGUGCCAACGCCCAGUUGCUGGAGAUGGUUGGUGAUCUCCCCGAGGCUGAUGUCCGACCUCCCGAUGAUGUGUUGUUUGUGUGUAAACUCAACCCAGUUACUACCUCAGAAGAUCUGGAAAUGAUAUUUUCCCGGUUCGGAGAAAUAAAGAGCUGUGAAGUCAUCAAGGACCAGAAAACGGGUGAAUCUCUACAAUAUGCAUUUAUAGAAUUUGAAAAGGAAGCUGACUGUGAGAAUGCCUACUUCAAGAUGGACAAUGUUCUCAUUGAUGACCGCCGGAUCCAUGUGGACUUCAGCCAGUCAGUGUCCAAACUCCAGUACAACAAGACGGGUACUGUCCCUUCAAAACCAGCAUACGCUCUCAAAGACACAUCCCGGAAAAACGAUGGCUAUGACCUUGUUUUUGACAACGAUGACCACAGUGCAUCGUCAGAAAAGAAGAAGAAGGAGAAGAAGAAAGAGAAGAAGAAAAAGUCCAAAAAACACAGAAGUGCGAGUAGCGACAGUGACAGCUCUGAUCAUAAGAAAUCUUCAAAGAAACACAAGAAGAGGGCUCGAGAAAGAAGUGAGAGCCCUCCGAGACGGAAGUCAAGGUCAAGGUCACCAGACAGGAGGAAGAAGGACAGAAGGAGAAGCCGUGAGAGGGAGGAGGAGAGGAGAGAGAGAAGCCGAAGCCCUGACAGGAGGCACAAACAGAGAGACAGGUACCGAGAUGAUCGGGACUCCAGGCGUGACCGCGACAGAUAUCGGUGACCUAGACUCUGGCUGAGCCGAGACGGUGACCCGUGGACGUGGACUGACAGGUCAUUGUAGGAUCGGCGCCAUCUGGAGCCCAGGGACUGUGAUUCAAUGAUGCCCCAGGAAAGAGCAGGGCAUAUGGAGCAAUCUUGUGUCUACCCAGGAGUAUAUGGCAGCUGCUUGUCUUAAAAUGGAGUACCAUUGAGGGAUUUGGUCAUAUUUAAUAAAGCCACAAGAAACUGAAUUGUUAGAUUUUUCACAAAAUUUAAAAAGAUGUAAGUUGGGAGUCAUUUCUUGUUGUAAGCAAACUUACUGUCUGUAUACAUUGAUGUCGGCAAAUGUGAUUCACACGAAACAUGCUGUGUAUUUCAUCAAAUAAAGUAAGAAGGGAACAGUUCAACAUAUAUAGUGAUUUAUCAUAUAAUGGGUAGGUUUCUCGGCAGGA